GUCAAGACCAAGUUCCCGACGGCGCGCAUCAAGCGCAUCAUGCAGGCGGACGAGGAGGUGGGCAAGGUGGCGCAGCAGACGCCCAUCGCGGUGGGCAAGGCGCUGGAGCUGUUCAUGGUGGCGCUCGUGACCAAGAGCGCCGAGGUGGCGCGCCAAAAGAACUCGAAGCGCGUCUCGGCCCAGAUGCUCAAGCAGGUCGUCGAGUCGGACGACCAGUGGGAUUUCCUGCGCGACAUUGUCGGCAAGAUC